CUGAGGCUGAGGCUCCAUUGAAACUCUUAAAGUGUAGCGAUGAAGGGGGAGACGGCGCUGAGGACGGACGACCGAAAGACGCGGUGCACGAUGAAGGCAGAAAGAACGACGGCACUCUGAAGCUGAAAAGGGAAUUCUCAAAUAAACUGGCAGUAGACUUGCAUUUUGUGAAAAGGGAAGAGAAAGAGAGGCUGAUGGCGGUGGGUAGGGAUUGUUGUUGAUGACAGUGGGUUCUAGAAAAAGGGAAGAGAACGAGAGUAGAGGGUGUGUUAGUGGGUUUAGUCACUGAGUGAAGGUAGCAAAUUUAGGGUUGCUUAAAUGAAAUUUAAAAAUAUUUGUGGUAAAAAUAAAAAUUUAAUAAUUAUUAUUAAACUCUAUUUGAGUUAUAUUUAUAAAUUAUUUUUUGUGCUUGUCACAAAAGUUCAAAACACUUGAGCUUACUAAAGACAGACCUUCGAAAGGGGAUGAGCGCACAUGCACACAAUGAUUUAAUGAACACAACAAUCAAAAGUAAUGCAGUAGAUUCUGGACUUAAGGUUGAGCGGACGACAAAUACAACGUUAAAUAAUUGUGUUGUUUGAGGACGGGCGGAAAUUUUUGUAGAUAUUAACCAAAUUUCAGUGUAUCAUAAAAUUCAAUAAUUAAGUGAUACACUAAAAUUUAUUCAGUAUCUAAACAUUAGUCGUUUGAGGAAGCUGCUGCUUCUUCUCCUUCUUAUAUUAAGGGUGAGCGGAUAAAAAAUACAACAUUAAAUAAUUGUGUUGUUUGAGAGAGGAGAUUCCUCAUGUGUCAUAUUUUGUGUAAGAGUAAAUUACCAAUUAUGACCCCGAAUUUGUAAAACGCUGACAAUAAUAACCCUAAUAUUUGUUAACAACAAUUACACCCCUUAAAAUUUUAAAAACGUAACAAAUCUACCCAACCGUUAAGAGAGUCCUUCUCCGUUAAACGGAACUUGGUGAUGUGGCAGACGGAAAUCCAAGGUGGCAUCCUUUUAAAGCCAUCUGUCCCAACAAUGGAAGAAGCGUUUAGGGUUUAGGUGGCAUGCCUCCGAUCCAAGAAACCGACCCGAUACAAGACACAACCAUCGCCGACCACCAGAAGAAAACCAACAAGAAGAGGAUGGCCAAGGAUGCCGGUGGCGGCGGCGGCGGCUCUGCCGCGGGACCAAUGAGGUACCGCGGCGUCAGGCGGAGGUCGUGGGGGCGUUAUGCGGCGGAGAUAAGGGACCCGCAGUCGAAGGAGCGGCGGUGGCUGGGGACGUUCGACACGGCGGAGGAAGCUGCUUGCGCCUACGACUGUGCCGCCAGAGCGAUGCGAGGCGCGAAGGCGAGGAUGAACUUCGUGUACCCUGAUUCUCCUCCUCAUCCUCAUCCACACCAUCACCAUCAUAAUUUUCGUCACUCUGAACUGUUCCAAGCGUUCAACUUCCCGAAGCAGCAGUGCCACGUCAGCAAGUUAGUUCAGAGCGGCCGCCAUGGCGUAACUGCUCCAUUAUCGACUCAGCAGCAGCACCGAAACAUCACUAACAAUUCUCAUCAUUCCCUGAACAUGCUUCUAUUUCGCGAGUUUCUGAAUUCGAAUCUAUGUUUGGUUUCUUCUUCUUCUGCUGCUACUGGUGGUGUUGGUUCCAGUGGUGCUAAUAAUAGUCCUUAUCAGUAUUGCAUCAAGGAAGGUGGUUCGGCUUGCUGCUUCAACGGUAACUGUUGCGGUGGUGGUUCCAACAACGGCACGACGGAGGUUAUUGCUGAAGGUGUUGAGGAAGAAGAUCAGUCGUUAUUGGAGUUGUUCCCUAGAGAGUCUUCAGACUUUGGCCUGUUGGAAGAGAUAGUUCAACGCUUCUUGCCGAAAUCCAAAACCGUUCCAAACAAGAAUUGCGACAGCUCUUUGAAGCUGAAACCCGAGGCCGUGGCAAUUUCGUUUCCUCAUCAUCAACAACAACAGGGCUAUGAUGAUAACAGCAGGAUGAUGAGGGGUUUUGAUUAGGGUUUCGUCAAUUAGGCCUAAACAUGAAACGGGACAGAUGGCUUUAAAAGAAUUUUCGUCUGCCACAUCACCAAAUUCCGUUUAACGGAGGAGGACUCUCUUAACAGUUGGGUAGAUUUGUUACGUUUUUAAAAUUUUAAGGAGUGUAAUUGUCGUUAAUAAAUAUUAGGGUUAUUAUUGUCAGCGUUUUAUAAAUUCGGGGUCAUAAUUGAUAAUUUACUCUUUGUGUAAUUAUGUUAACAAGUACUUGUUUUAUUUCUCU